AUUGUUUAUAAAUUUGCCGGUAAAUUCGCGUGAUCGCGUCAGUAGUAAAAUCCAAGAAAGGGCUCGAAUCUUCUUUAUAAAGAGCGUCGACAUUCAUCAGUGACAGUGUAUACGUAUAAAUUUCAACAAAGCACAAGUAUGUUGUAUUAUGUGAGCUGUCUUGGCUUCUUUCUCUGCUUGUCAUGUGUAGAGGGUUUCAAUACAACCAACUAUAACUAUGAUCACUUUAUAUUCACACAGCAAUGGCCACAAAGUCUUUGUGAAUGUAUUGGUGUGUCUAGGUGUCGAAUCCCAGAAAAAGUAAAAACAUGGACUAUACAUGGAUUAUGGCCAACUCUUGGAAAAACAGAGGAUCCUCAAUACUGCAACAGAUCAUGGCACUUUGAGGAAUCCCAAAUUUUGGACAUUGAAGCAAAGAUGGAAAUUUACUGGCCAGAACUUGAAACCUCCACUAAUUCAAGAAUUUCAUUUUGGGAACACGAGUGGGAAAAGCAUGGAACAUGUUGCACAGAUAUGUCAUCAUUGGACAGUGAACAUAAAUAUUUUGCUCUGGGACUGCAGCUAAACAGAAAAUAUGACAUAUUAAGUAUGCUUAAUGAUGCCGAAAUUCUACCAUCCAAAACGAAGACAUACAAGCUCGACGAUUUCCGCGACGCAGUUCAAAAAAAGACCGGCCAUUCGCCCAUUCUUCAUUGCUGCAAAACGGAUAGCAAACAGCGAGUCGAGGAAAUAAUGAUUUGUUUGGAUAAAAAAUUCAACGUAAUCGAUUGUGAGGAGGCGGACGAGGAAUGCACCAAUGACGUACCAGUAUAUUAUCACCCAUUGAACCCUUUCUUCGCGCAAUAAUCCAGCAUUUUAUUUUAUAAAUCUCGUUAUUAUCUGCUAAUUUUUAUAUCAAUUUGUUCUCCAUUUCUCGUGUCAAACAUUUGUUUUCGAUGUGUGAAGGGUAUCGAAAGCGAUAUUCGUAUUAUUUGAGGUUACUCCUGCCUAAUUUACAUAGAUUUUUUAAUAUGAUAUAUACUACCCAACAACGCCAUCUAAUUUAUAAUCAUACCUCACAAAUAUACAAACGAAGAAACUUUGGGUUAUUUUGUACAAAU